CAGCGAACAUAUCCUUCUUGCAAGAAGCUCACCACCAUACCAAAGACGCACGGAUGACCUGAACUCAGAAUAUUCUGUGACAUGGCUUCCACAAUCCCACGGGACCCCGUGCAUAACAACCACUAUGUUGACUACGUCAUUCGCUACAACUUUGGCGAGACUGACAUCCCACAGACAACGGAGCAGCUGGAAAAAUUGUUGCAUAGGCUGUUCGAGGUCGGAUUGCAGACUGAAGUGAGACAAGGCGACGAAACCUCACUGCUGGUUUUUGUCCGUGCCGCGCGAAAGAAGAGUCUCCAGCGCGCCGUGCAUCAAUCUCGCAUUCGCGACUGGCUCUAUGGCGUCCGCAACACCGAGCCCGAGGCAGAAUCCUCGGCCGAGCCGCAGUCCGAGUCGGAGCGGCUGCGCGUUAUAUACCAUAUGAUGACGGUGCCCAAGGAGGCGGGUGGUGCUGGCAUCACCCCCAAGCACGGCGAAUGGAAGAACGUUGAUUCGAUCUUCCCCCUGCACGACGAGGAGAUGAACAAGCAAUGCAUGAAAGACUGGAGCCAGAAGACGUUUCUAUCGCCUCAGGACCUGGAUCAGAUCCGGAAUAUAUUCGGAGAAAGUGUCGGCUUUUACUUCUCGUUUCUCCAAUCCUACUUCAAAUUCCUCCUGUUUCCUGCGCUCUUCGGUUUUUCCUGUUGGCUCCUGAUCGGGUCGUUCUCCAUCGUCUAUUCCGUGGCCAAUUGCCUCUGGUGCAUCAUUUUUAUCGAAUACUGGAAACGACAGGAGGAGGAUUUAAGUUGUCGCUGGCAGACGAAGGGGGUCUCUGCUGUCCGUGAGAAGCGCCGCGAGUUCAGGCCAGAGAAAGAGGUCCGCGAUGAAAGUACGGGGGAGAUCAAGGGUGUCUUUCCGGCGACAACGCGCAUGUGCAGGCAGCUGCUCCAGGUCCCAUUUGCCUUGCUGUCCACGAUUGCUCUGGGGGUCAUCAUCGCAACAUGUUUUGCCAUCGAGAUCUUCAUCUCUGAGAUCUAUAACGGACCACUCAAGUCGUACUUGGUUUUCAUUCCCACCAUCCUGCUCUCGGCCUUGAUUCCGACAAUGAGCACGGUCCUGGUGUCGGUCGCGACCAAGUUGAAUGACUACGAGAACUACGAAACCCAACAGGCUUAUGAUGUUGCAUUGACGCAGAAGAUCUUUGUCAUCAACUUCAUUACAUCCUACCUGCCUGUGUUCUUGACGGCUUUCGUCUAUGUGCCUUUCGCUAGUCGGAUUGUGCCCCACCUCGAUGUCUGCCAAGUGACCGUCCGGCCGUUUGUCUCCAAAGAGGACGCUACGACGUCACGUACUAAAUUCAGCGUGGACCCAGAUCGUCUCCGCAAGCAAGUUAUCUAUUUCACUGUCACAGCCCAAGUAGUCGGGUUCGCCAUGGAGACUAUUGUGCCGUUCGUCAAGCAGCGUCUUCUACGAGAAUAUAAAGAUUACCUCCGCAGGAAGAACGGUAAGAUCGAGUCGGAGUCCAGUUCCGAAGAAGAGGAAUCGCCCGAUGCUUUGUUCGACGACCACCCCGACGAAACCAAGUUCCUUGUUCGCGUCCGCAAUGAGGCGGACUUGUCUGACUAUGAUGUGACCGAUGAUUUGCGCGAGAUGUGCAUUCAGUUCGGCUAUCUAGCGCUGUUCUCUCCCGUCUGGCCGCUAGUUCCUCUCUCUUUCUUGAUCAACAACUGGGUUGAGUUGCGCUCCGAUUUCUUCAAGAUCUGCGUGGAGUGCAAGAGACCCUGGCCGCAACGCGCCGAGACCAUCGGUCCCUGGCUGGACAGCCUUGGAUUCUUGUCAUGGGUCGGCAGUAUCACAACGGCAGCUCUCGCGUACAUGUUCAGCACCAGCCACAAGGGACCCAACGGCGAGCCGACCACAAUCAAGGGAUGGGCCUUGCUUCUGACAAUAUUCUUCUGCGAGCAUAUCUACCUGAUUGUGCGCUAUGUCGUACGAGCGGCCAUGGCCAAGCUCGAGCCCCCGAAUGUGCGAAAGGAGAAAACCGAGCGCUACCUCUUGCGCAAGAGGUAUCUCGAGUCCACGGUUGGGGCCAGGACCAGCGACGAUGAGAUCGAGGUCGACGAGAAAGAAGACCAAUCGGAGCAGCUCUCCCAGCUGACUCGGGAUACCUUGGAGGACGACGCUCGCUCCUGGGCGACUCACGAUACGGAUCCCGCCGAGCGGUUUUGGAUGCGACAAAAAGGGUGGAAAGAGUCUUCCCACGUGGGCGCGACGAUCAUCAAAACGCUUAAGAGCGAUUCGAACGCGAAAAAGCAGCAAUAAACGUCGCACCACUUUUCGCCGAGGGGGGCCUGAACUGUACUAUGCUGGCUAUGUUACCUGGUGGUUGUCAAUUAUGAAAUAGCAUGUUGAUAGGCAAGAUGAUGGCCUGUUAUCCCGUUGAAGUCCUGCUCUAACGAGCACCAGUCUAUAUUUCUGCAAGUUAUCGAUCGGGUCGCGGAAAAUUUCACGAUCAGUUGUGUUCUGUAUAUAGUUUGUAUAUGUUACAUAGGAAGGUUCAUAGGUGGUGUACAGCAUUUAUUUCCGUUAUCUG